CGGAGCGGGGAACCACGGGGCCGCGCCGCCGCCGCCUCCUCCUCCCCCUCCUCCUCCUCCUCCUCCUCCUCCUUCCCCCGUACGGCCGCUGCCGCGCCGGGAGCCGCGCGUCGCAGACACCGGCCCGGGGGGGCGGGCAGUGUUAAAAGGCAAAAUGGUACAUGCUGAAACCUUCUCACGUCCCCUGAGCCGGAAUGAAGUGGUCGGAUUAAUUUUUCGUUUAACGAUAUUUGGUGCUGUAACAUACUUUACCAUUAAAUGGAUGGUUGAUGCUAUUGAUCCGACCAGAAAGCAAAAAGUAGAAGCUCAGAAACAGGCUGAAAAGCUAAUGAAGCAAAUUGGAGUGAAAAAUGUCAAGCUUACUGAAUAUGAAAUGAGUAUUGCUGCACAUCUUGUAGACCCACUAAGCAUGCAUGUAACCUGGAAUGAUAUAGCAGGCCUAGAUGAUGUUAUUACAGAUUUGAAAGACACUGUCAUCUUGCCCAUCAAGAAGAAAUACUUGUUUGAGAAUUCCAGGCUCUUACAGCCACCAAAAGGAGUACUUCUCUAUGGCCCUCCUGGUUGUGGCAAAACAUUGAUCGCCAAGGCUACAGCAAAGGAAGCAGGCUGUCGAUUUAUUAAUCUCCAGCCUUCAACGCUGACUGACAAAUGGUAUGGAGAGUCUCAAAAACUGGCUGCUGCUGUCUUCUCCCUUGCUAUAAAGCUCCAACCAUCCAUCAUUUUUAUCGAUGAAAUAGAUUCCUUCUUACGAAGUCGUUCGAGUUCUGACCAUGAAGCUACAGCUAUGAUGAAAGCUCAGUUCAUGAGUCUGUGGGAUGGACUGGACACUGAUUAUAACUGCCAGGUAAUAGUGAUGGGAGCCACCAACCGUCCUCAGGAUCUUGACUCUGCUAUCAUGAGAAGAAUGCCAACCCGGUUUCACAUCAACCAACCUGCUCUGAAACAACGAGAAGCAAUCUUGAAGCUAAUUUUGAAAAAUGAAAAUGUGGACAGGCAUGUAGAUCUCCUAGAAGUUGCUAAAGAGACUGAUGGCUUCUCAGGAAGUGAUCUGAAAGAAAUGUGCCGGGAUGCAGCACUCCUCUGUGUCAGGGAAUACGUUAAUUCUGCAUGUGAAGAAGACAACCAUGAUGAAGACGAAAUUCGGCCUGUGCAGCAGCAGGAUCUCCACAGGGCGAUAGAGAAGAUGAGAAAAUCAAAGGAUGCCACACUUCAGAAUGUUUUGAUGCAUGUUAGUUUAGAUUAAGACUAAAGAGUGUGUUUGCAGUUUCUGAUGUGAUUUAGUUUAUAUUCUGUAAUCAACAAAAACAAUGUAAGGGGGUGGGAGUGGGGUUGUUCCCUGAAAAAGGGAGUUCUCUUUCUGGAAUUGUUUUUAUACAACAAAUUCUAAGUUAUUGCAAUGUUGUCAUGCACAACUGAAAACGUAAUAAUAGAUCAUGAAGUGGAACAAUUAUAGCUCAGACCAAGAGCAGCUGCCUGUGUCUUGUCCCAUAAUCGAUACACUGUGUAGCCUUAAAGCAGGUUCUGAUAUGGUGCAUGGGUUCACUGGGUUACCUGUGUGGAGGGAAGAUGAUUUAUUACCAGUAGGUGUAUAUACGUAUGAGUGUGUGUGUAUGUAUUAAAUGUAUAUAUUCACACAUUUUUUUUAUAUGUAGACAUAACCUGUAGAUAACGAGUAUGGAAAAUCUUUUCUACUUCCUGAGUCGAACCAAAUCAGAAGAUGUAUAGAUUAAAAAUUCAUCGAUACUCAAUACACAUUUACUUCUUCCUUGUGCCAGCAAAUAAUGAAGGUAGAAAUUUUGCUUCUAGGCAAAAUUUGAAAUGUUACUAUUUUUUUUCUCACGUUACCACUUGAAAUCUGGUACCAUUUACUAAAGAUGGUAAACUACUGUACAAAUGUUUGAAUACUUUUAAUUUUGUAUGAAUCCUGCUUUUUGAGGCAUUUUAAUGCUGUUUUUAUUUUUUAUUUUUCCCUCUGAUGUGAGUAGAGUAGAAUCUUCUUAACUGGUCUCUCAUUAAGUCCCACAUAUUAUAAACUUUAUGAAAUUGUGCUUUUUGGUUUGUUAUUUGUUGUAAUGAGGGUUUGCUGCUAUUUAAUUUUCUCUGGAAGACCCACUGCUGCACGGUGGCAUUGUACCAUGAAGAUUUGUACACAUACUUUGAUUAGGGUGAGGGGAGAUGUUUUCUGAUGUUUUGCUCUGUCACAUAUGUGCUCUGAUGUGCAAAACUGAAGGCAAUGAAGAAUGGAUUUCAGGUUUAUAAAUGUGAUUUAGAAAUGUUCUGCUGUACUUGCUGGUAACAGUUCAGUAAAUUCAUGUAACAUUAUGUAGUGAUAAAGGCAAAGCGUUUAAAAAAAGAAGUGGCAAAGUGUUUUGGUAAAGUUAUUGUCAGUAGGUUUUAAAUAAUUUAAUUUUCUCCUUAUAAUGUUGUGCCCAAAUUUAAUGCAAAUAUGUAAUCAUGAUUGUUCAACCCAAGGGCAAGGUACACUGUGUCACAGCUCUGCUAGCUACAGAGGAAAGGUAAGCCCUGAAAGCAAGAUAGUGAUGUAAAACGAAACAAUCUGCAAAGUAAAAUAAAGACUUGGAGCCAGCUGGCAUACGGUAUCAGGUGCUGAUGGCGGUUUCCAUUAAGCUUAGAGCUGCAGCAGCCCUACCCAACUGAGUGCCUUUGCUUCACGUACUGGUUGUGUAAUGCUCCAGAUGCAGUAGGUUUCGUUUGACCUGAUUUAAUCUCCUUGUCUUUUUUUUUUUUUUUAAAUAAUUUACUUUGUUUUUUCAUGUGGCAGGGGAAAUAUGGGAAAUGCAUAGUGGUGUAAAACAAGACAUAGGAAAUUAGGCAUAGCAGAACAUAGUGGAAUAUGGAUAUCAAAAAGUGGGGUACGGAAUGCUGAUCGCCCAAGUUGUUCUGGUUUCAGGGCUGGAAUGAGUGCUAUAAGCACCACUGCAGGUGCUAACCUGCACUUCUUCACCAGGGAAGGGGGGAGGUGGUUUAUUCUGCAGGGAAACUGCUAAAAAAAGUAGCAAGAACAUGGAAGCUCCAAGAGGCCAGGAGCCACAAUCAGCAAAGGCCACUUGCAGUGGGGAAGGGUGAAGGUGCAGCAGUACUUGUAGUCAGCUCCUUCCAGGACACAUUUCCCCAUUGCACUGGCUGUGAAUGAGAGGAAAUUGCUGCUGCUGCUGCUCCUCUUGCCUUUGUAUUAAAUGAUGCGCCUUAAGGCUACCUCUUCAGUGCUAGCUGGGGAACACUGACUGAGUUCAAGGACUAGCUUUAAGCCAAACACCCAAGUAGUGCAGCUUAAUGGAAUUUGCUUUCUCAGCAGGUUUAAAUUAGGCACUCACCAGAUGUGGUGCUCUGCCUACAGUGCAGUAAAGCAGUGGCUGUUUUUCCUGUGCCCAUCGUGACUUGCAGGUUGUUGCAGGUGGAUGAGAUAAUGCAGCUCCUAAGCUGCCUCUCCGUCCUUUUUCAGGGUGCUUGCUGCUUGGUACAGUACAUCCUAGUAUUUUUUAGAUUAGUUGUAAAAUGCAAGGUUAAAUGUCAAUUAAGUGUGCAUGGGAAGAAGAAGAAAAGCAUGUCUGCAGGUGGCAAGGGCAUCUGGUACCCAGCUCAGCUCUGCUUUCUUUCUGUGUUUCUACAAGAAUCUGCCUGUUUGCAUGCCAGCUGCAGCUUGCCUUUACCUCCUGCCUAUAAUACAUUGCUGCCUGCUUAUGAGGCAGGGUGCAGGAGACAUACAGGGCAAUUUGCAGUGGUCCCCGAGGACAGCUGCAGCUGGAGCGUAGUUUUUUUCACUUUUUGAAGGACUCUUCCAUCCUUGCAACAGCUUUGUCAAACCAAGACCUUCCCCGCAGCUUGCUGGAAGAGGCUGAGGAAGCUGCAAGAGCUUAGCCACCACCUCCUUCAGCUUUGCAUCUCCAACUGCCUCUGCUGCACCCAAACCCUGCACUCUGCAGCACAGGCUGGGGGGGGCUGACCCAGCACCACACUCUGAGUUGGAACAGGGUUUGGUGUGGAAAGGGCCCUUCCUGGGGAGCAGCGACUGGAUCCUGUGGCUGGAAGAGGCACAGACUUUCCCAGCAGGCAAAUCAUUUAUUUAGACCUGCUCCGUCACUGGUAGACAGCAAGUGCAGCACAGUGUCCUCUGACUGUAAAGAGGCUGAUCUUGGCAGUCCGACACGACUUGGAGAGUAAUCUUUGAAGCAGUCUUAAAUAUUUGGUAAAUAAAUGCACUCUUUGCACUUGG